AUGAUCACGCUCUACGAUCUCGCUUCCAAUCUCAGUCCCCAAGCAUGGUCCCCAAACACAUGGAAGACUCGACUCAACUUGAACGUCGCCGGGCUCCCUUACAAAACUAUCUACAUCGAGUACCCCGACAUCGCUGAACUCUAUCGCGAGCUUAAGAUUGAGGGGAAGUACAAACUUCCUGAUGGGACUAGCAAAUGCACGCUCCCGGUUAUCUACGACGAUGCUACUGGAUUGGCCGUGGCAGACUCCUUCGACAUCGCAAUGUACCUCGACAAGCACUAUCCAUCGUCUCAACGUACCAUUCCUCGAGGCGCCGAAACACUCCACGCCGCUUUCGCGGACGCCAUUACGCAGACGAUGCUCCCUCUCAAAACCUUCACCUAUCCUCCUACCAUGGCGAUCCUCAAUGAUCGAAGUCGGGAGUGGUUCGCACAGAACAGACUCAUGUCUCAUUUCGGCACAAGCGACCUUGGGAAGAUCAACGGCGAUUUGGUUGGAGAGGAGGGGAAGAAGGCUUGGACCAAAGUCGUGGUUGCUUUGCAUACGAUAGAGGGAUGGCUGAGGAGGAACGAUGAUGGUCCUUAUGUCAUGGGGAAGCACCUUUCGUUCGCCGACCUUGCGCUUGUGGCGUUCUUUAAUUGGUGUAGGACGGUUUGGGGGGCACAGAGUCAGAUGUGGAGCAACCUCAUCGGAGGGCAUAAUGGCCGCUUUGCGAGGUAUUUGGCGCUUUUUGAGAAGUACCAGCAGGUGGAGGGGACUGAUAGCUACGAUGUUAAAGUGCUGUAG